GAAUGACGUAUGUUAUGUAACCUCAUCUGACACAACGCACAGCUUGUACUUCCUGAUCAGGAUGAAGCAGAAAAACUAAAGCAAACCCGUCUGGAUACUUACUUCUUCCCUACAGACUUCAUUAAGACUCCUUUUUGCUCCAUUCUCUGCAACUUUUACUCCAAAGGGUUUCAGAGAUGGUGCAGAAAUACCAGUCCCCUGUGAGGGUCUACAAAUACCCCUUUGAGCUAAUAAUGGCGGCCUAUGACCGACGAUUCCCGACCUGUCCUCUGAUCCCCAUGUUUGUGAAGAGCGACAUCAUCAACGAGAGUCACAGUGAGGACGGGGCCGAGCUGUUCAUUGAACGCAGGUGUACUGUGGAUGUUGAAGCCCCUCGGUUACUAAAGAGGAUAGCAGGAGUGGACUACAUGUACUUCAUCCAGAAGAACUCUCUGAACCGUAGAGAGAGAACCUUACACAUCGAGGCCUAUAAUGAAUCCUUCUCCAGCAGAGUCAACGUCUACGAACACUGCUGCUACACGGUUCAUCCAGAGAAUGAAGACUGGACCUGUUUCGAGCAGUCUGCAAGUAUGGACAUCAAAUCUUUCUUUGGGUUUGAGAGCACAGCGGAGAAGAUCGCAAUGAAGCAGUACGCCACUAGUAUUAAAAAGGGAAAGGAGAUUAUUGAAUUUCACCUUAAACAGCUGGAGGAGGAGGGCAUUACCCACAUGCCCCGCUGGGUUCCUCCUACUGCCCCUCAGCUGAUACCUGUCAGCUCCGCCAAACCUAUCCCAGCAUGCACCAGCAGAGCUCACCUGGGUUCCACAGACGUCGUGCCAGGCUCUCCGGAUGACAAGUUGGAUGCAGACUACAUCUCACGUUAUUUGGGAACACUGACACCUUUCCAGGAGAGCUGCCUCAUUCGCCUGCGACAGUGGCUGCAGGAAACACACAAAGGCAAGGUAGGUAUAUUCCUGAGAAUUUAGCUGUUACUUGACAUC